ACCCCGUGCGGCGUCUGGGCGCAGCGUCUACCCGCGGUGCAUGGUGGGGUUGUUGCUUUGGACAACUCGACCCUCGGCCGCCCGGAGGCUGUGAGGAGUGGUUGCGGCGGCGGAAUGCACCAGGCCUCCGCGCCGUCCGCGCUCCUGGCGAACCCCGACUACUACGAAAGGCUGGGCCGGCUGCAGCACGGGCUGCGGGACAGUGAAAAGAAGAGAUUGGACCUGGAAGGGAAACUCUAUGAAUAUAAUCAAUCUGAUACAUGCAGAGUUAAGCUGAAGUAUUUAAAACUAAAGAAAUACCUGAAGGAGAUAUGUGAAUCAGAAAAGAAGGCUCGUACUCGAAACCAAGAAUAUUUAAAGCGGCUUGAGCAGGUCCAGGCUCACGUUGGACACUUUACCACAAGUUCAGAGAAGCUGCAAGAACUGAAGAUUGAAUAUGAGACUCAAAUUAAGAAGAUGCGGCUACUCUCAAAAGAUAGCCUGGGAAAAAAAGGUGAACUGAAAGAUGAAGACAGAGAAAAGGUUGUAAUGCCGGCAGAAAUUAACUCAGGGACCGCCGCGUCAAGAGGAUUGUAUCAACCAGCAACAAUCUUUAUGGGCCGCCAAGUGUCAGCCGUCUCAGGCGUUGGAGAUUUCAGUACAGAGCAGAAAUCUCCCCAACCCACAAAGAACUUUUCAAUUCCUGACCCACAUUCACACCAACAGACAGCCCGGAGCAGUAAUGUGACAGACAGCUAUGUAGUACAAAUUCAUAGUGACACACAGUGCUUAAAUAAGUCUGACAGAAUAGAUGGAAAGACAUCUCUUCAGAUGGGUGAGAAAACGACAGUCACAGCCAGCGCGUUGUCUGAGGAGGAACAAACUCAUUGCUUGGAGAUAGGAAGCAACGCACGUCAGGGCAAGAGUAAUUUAUCUGAAGGCAGAAAGUCUGCCGAACUCCAUUCCCCAUUACAGGAGAGAUUAAGUCCAGAGAACAGAACCACUGAUUUAAAGUGUGACAGUUCCAGCAGAUCAGAGGGAUCAGAGGGAGAAAUACUGACACGGGAGCAUAUUGAAGUCGAGGAAGAAAGAGCCAGGCCGCCAGUCUCUCUGCCAUCAGGCUCAGAAUACAGUGCAUCUGAAAUCGAGUGUUCUCAAGAGAAGCAUCCUGCCUGGGAAGCUUCCUCAGAUCGUCCUCCUCGCCGGGACCCAGAGGCACAGGAGCCCUGCAGAAAAAUGUGGGAAGAGCAGGAGGAGGAGAGUGACAGCAGCAGCAGUGACCUCACAGUUUCUGUAAGUGAAGAGGAUCUGAUUUUAAGGAGUCCAGAACCACAGCCAAAUCCAGGUGACACGGUGGAGGAAGAAGACGGAAUAGAGGCCUUAAAUUUAAUUCACUCCAAGCAAGAAAGAGAUGCCCCAUCCACUGAAAAACAUAAUUGUAUUUUGCAAACCCUAAGCUCUCCAGAUUCAAAAAAGGAAUCCUCCACUAACUCGCCAGCAAGAGAGCUGUGUAAUCACAGUGACAUUCUGAGAAAAGACCUUGACGCCUGUGAAGCAGCUGUCCUUCACCAGAUCCCCAGACUCUCCCCUGGGGGUGGCAGCAACGAAAAGCAAGUCAGGUUUGAACAAGCACCAGCCUCAGGUUUAUGGAGGACACCAUCGGGUCAGUGUGUUACCACCUUGAAAAGACAUGAUAAUUCUAUCCAAGAAGAGGUGGUCGCGAAGCUGUCUGAAGUUUUCCCAGUCAAAAACGUGGACCGGAGGACAAGGGCAACAGCAUUAUUGAAAAAAGGCCUCACAGGAGAGCAUAAGGAUAGGUCGGCUGCUCACAGCAGUGAAUCAUCUUGCAGCUUGCCAUCCACUCUGAAUGACAACAGUGGAAUGAAGAACGGAAAGCCUGCUCUGUGGCUCAGCUGUGUUCCUACAAGGGAACGAGAAGUUUCCAGUGGCUGCGGAGACGAGAGCGCAGAAGAAAGCAUGGCAGCGAGGAUGCCAGUCACAGAAACGAAAGCCUACCAGAUGCUGAAACAGUCUACCCUUCAGGACAGUGCACACCAAGCUGAAGAUGGAUUCCAGAAGGCCGAGGCCUCUGCAUCACUGUCAGGUUUGAAUAUUGGCAGCGGUACAUUCAAGACAAAGACAACUCACAAGAUCUCUUCAGAAGCGAGUUUCUCGUCUAGCGAAGGCAGUCCUUUGUCAAGGCAUGAAAACAAAAAGAAACUAGCUACCAACUUAAAGUCUAAAGCCUUCUGGGGCGAGUCUGACGACAGUAACUCAGAGAUCGAAGCUGCCUUACGUCCUAGAAACCAUAACACGUCCACCGAUGAUUUUGAUGAUUUUUAUGACUUAUAAGCUGUAACAUCUGUUAGAAAUAAAGUCUUUAAACAAACUAAACCCCUGUGUUCAGAUGUGA